ACACUGUACAUUGGAUGUCUGGAUGCGAUGUCGACUGAUAGAGCUGCGCUGGUGUUUGAUCUUAGUUAAAUUGUGUAGCGACGACGUCGACGGCGACAAAGAUUUGACUCUGAAAAAGCCAGGUCACUAUAGAAAGACUUCGACAUUCACCGGUGUCUAACGAUGGGUCAUUGGUCACUCAUCGCUUUGGUGGUCAGCUGUUGUGUCUCUGCAGUUCUGUCCGAUAUUCAAAACCAGCUAGACAAUGCUAUCAGAAUGCCAGAAGCAGAGCAAUCCAGCGCAUCAACACGGCCACCGUUUAUUGAUAAAGCAAGACGAGCAAGGUACAUGGUCCAUAAGGCUAACUGGACAGUCAUAGCGACGUUCUCCACCAAGCCUGAGAUCCUGGGACGCUCUUUCCCAGCUCCCACGUCCAUCUCGGACGGUGCGCUUGGCAAAAGCUCCGGCACACCUUACUUCUACCUGGCGGAGAUCGACAGCACCAUGCAAGAUGUCGCCAAGAACCCCAACGUGACGUUGAGCUUCAGCGAGGCCGAGUUCAGCGAUGUCGCAGACUGUGCCGUUUCUUCUUCGUCUGAUCCAGAGAACCCUCUCUGUGCAAGGUUGAUGCUUUUCGGUAAACUGGUUCACGUUACUGACCCCAAGGAAAAUGCGUUUGCAAAAGAGGCCCUCUUCUCUCGUCACCCUCUCAUGCCCAGCUGGCCCAGCGGUCACAACUUUAGCUUCAAGAAACUGAUCAUCACCGACGUCUGGAUCUUAGACUUCUACGGUGGAGGAUCAUCUCUUUCGGUUGAAGACUACUACAAAGCUACACCAUAAUCAUAGCUCAACACCAACAAUGGCCUGCAACACAUAGGCGAUAAUGCUAAGACCCCAAUAUUAAUUUUUUUUUUUAGCAUAGGGCGACUGCAUACAUACUCAAGAAAUUGUUUGCAAUUAGUGAAAAAUAUUGUUAAGACAUGAUACUCAGUACUUCAUAUGUGCUAAUUUAGAACACGAUGUAAGGUGACAAAGAGGUACAGAUAACACAGAAGCAGCUGGGAUGGGAAGUGACAUGUCCUACUUGGUACAUGCUUUCAAUAUAUAAAAUGGGGUACUGGUACGUGUUUAAUAGAGAGCAUCCUAUUGGUUGAAAAGCUAUCAUGUGACACUAAACAUAUGGUAAUACUCCCCUCCAGAGCGUGUAAUAUACAUGUAGCAACUAUUUGUUGGUUUUUUCACGCUAUAUUGGUCAAAAAGUUUGUCACAUAAUUAUCCAAGCAAUUGUAUUUGUGGUUAUUGAUGCGUGCAUUUGUGUUAGAGGGCUGGAUGCCUCUUAAAAUAACCAAGGCCUGACAAAUAGCAGUCACAAAUGUCCUUAUGUUAUAUAAUAUUGAAUGCAUAUCACUGUUUUAUAUCACAAAAAUGUAAAGUUAUUUGCUCUUCCAGCCCGUCGUUUGUAUAUGAUAAAGUCAAAACUUUUCUGUACGAUUAUCAAAAUGCUUUUGAUGUCUCUGUUUAUGUACAUGUACAAGUCAAAUAAGGAAAGUGCACUGAUAUUACAUGUUGUUUAAGAUGUAUGAUGGGGCAUGGGGAUGUAUUAACAAUAUGUGAGUAAAUUGAAUGCUGGGGACUUGCCUGCCAUAGCAGUAACUCCUGGAUUCCUGCUAAGGAUGAAGUAUUGUGAUGAAAGAAGGGAAAGGUCACCCUGAGAUGAAGUUGAUUUGUACUGGUGCAAAAAACAAACCAAUAAUAAUGUCAGAUUGGACUUCCUAUUGGGCAUUAGCUCAAUACUAGAAUACUAGAAUGAGAAGUUUAUACGAUAGAAAAUGUUAAAGAGCAAUCCAGCCCUUGUAUUGAAUUCAAUUGUAUGGAAGCAGAAAAAACGAAAGAAACAGAAUAGCGAAAGUUUGAAUUAAAUCGAACCAUUACUAAGAAAGUGAUGAAUGUUUGAAAUAUGAGAUCACUAAAUCUGUGUGAAUCUGAAAUUGGCAAUUUGUUUAGUGGAUAAUGAGUUAGUCAUGGCCAACUCUCUCACUUGUCAUGUUCAAAAAUAUCAUAAAUUUCUGUUUUUCUCCUACGCACAUCCUUUGGGGCACUAUUUCAAAAUAAAUGUAUAAUAAUGGAUAAACAAUUUUGAAAUUGGGGCGUUUCCAAUACCGGUCUUUACCUUUAAAUAAUAUGAUGUAAUAAAUGUUGGUACACAGGAAUUGUGAUGUAAACAUGAAAUGUUGAGUUAAUAUAUUCAAAUGUGUGAAAAAUGUGUCUGCAUAUGAUGUAGUGACUAUUUUUUUUAAUGUGGUUAGGCGAGUCAGUUCUUAUCACAGCAAUAUAAUUAUGUUGUUAA